AUGGAAAAGCUACACUCUAGCAAAAUCAACAAGCCUUUCCGGCUCGGCAAUGAGAAGAGUGUGAGACAUAUCCUGGCUAAGUUCUCUCUGUGGGCCAGUGCUAGACCGAAGAGGAGUCUCCGGUUUACAGAGCAGAAAUCGCCGUGCGGCAAUGGAAAGCUGCUGAAAAUGCGUCAGACCGCCUCUGAGACUGCAUUUGUUCUUAGCAUCAUCUCGAAGAAAGCUCUGCAUACCUUCAUUAAAUUACCAGCCGACAUGUCGCUGACUCUAAGCCUUUGGACCGGCUUUGAAGCGGCUGGAAAGGUACUCAAAACACUUAGUCAAGCUCUAUUCGGCCCCUAA